AUGAUUGGUACAGGAUUUCAUCCAAGCAAGGCAUUCGAAGUACCUACUAUUGUUGACAGUGAUACUGCAAACUCUUAUCUAACGCUUCUGAGAAGAUAUGUUAACAAAAAAUUUUGCUAUCAUUCAGAUGCCGCUUCCGAAGGAAAAAUAAUCAAAUCAGAUUCACGCGUAGCGUUUCAAAUUGAUAUAUGGACGUUGAUGGAGAAACGGUGGAUAAAAACAAUCAGUAGCCCGUACAAUGGUGAAGAUACACCGGGAGAGAUUGUUGAAGACAUAUUCGACAAGGAAACAUAUAAUUUAAAGGCUGAUACAACUAUCAUACAAAGAAACCAAAUCGGACAAAUCAUAUUACCUGAAACACAAAAGAAAAUUUCUUGUGCUGCAUGCAAUGGUCAACGUUCGAUUUACGAAUUAUGUAGUAAUCUGCAUCCACAAAUGUCAUCGUGUAAGUAA